AAGAAGAUCAANAAUCAGAAAACCCUAAUAGCACAUUUCGCGUGGUUGAAUUGGAACAGUGAAAGCUUAAACUUUGAAUCGUUCGUCUUCGAGAGUUCUGUGCUUACAGGCAAUUGGCAAUCGAUUGAAGAUUGUCAGCUUUCAUAGCAAUGGAUUCCGCUAAGCAAAAUCUCGUCUCCGCCCUCUGUAAACACCUCUCUAUCGACCCGAAGCCAUACGCCAGUGACUCGGGCAGAGACUUUAAGAGCCUCUGCGCAAGCAUUUUGACGAAUGAGGACGCUACUAAGCUGACGAAAUGGAUCGAGUUUGCUGACAGUUUUUUGGCGAAUCCCGACUCAAGGAGUAAGGCUCUUGCAGAUUUGAAUGAGGAGUUGGUCACCAAGUCUGUUAUGAUGGGCAAUGGGUUGACGAUAUCUCCUGCUGACGUUAUUGUCUUUUCGGCUGUGCAUCCAUACAUGAUUGGUCUUUCAAGUGCAGAUAAAGGCAAAUUGCCACAUUUGUUCAGAUGGGCUGAUUACGUCCAGAACAAGAAGGAUUUUGGAGAAAUUUUCGAGAAGAUUGUGCAUGAGAAGGCUCAAUUUGUCGCUCCAGUAUCGAAGUCUGUGAAGAAGGUAGAAGAUCCCAGUGCAAAGAAAAUUGUCCAAAAUGCAAAAGAGGCUGGUACUUCAGGAUCAGACUCUAAAGGAAAGAAGAGUGCUGACGCCCAAAAGAAGAAAGUUGAAGAGAGUCAAUCUACUGCAGAGAAGAAGAAAGGUACUGAAAAAGUGGCAGAGAGUAAAGAAGAAGCACUUAGCGUUAGUUUGCUUAAGAUACAGAUUGGUCAUAUUCGCAAAGCAUGGAAACAUCCAUCAGCUGACAGUUUGUUGGUUGAGGAGAUAGAUGUUGGAGAAGCAAAAUGCAGGCAAGUGGUUAGUGGUCUAGCCAAGUUUUGCACUCCAGAAGAACUAACGGCCUUGUUCAAUUUUCUGUCCCAUAUUGCUCCUCAGAACCGCCGAGUGGUACUUAUAACAAACGUGAAACCUGGGAAGUUACGAGACGUGAUGUCAGAGGGACUGGUGUUAUGUGCUUCGAAUAAAGACCAUACAAUUGUUGAGCCUCUACUUGCUCCAGAUGGUGCUAAAGUUGGGGAAUGUGUUACGUUUUCUGGACAUGAUGGCAAGCCAGAAGAGGUUUUAAACCCCAAAAAGAAGCAAUUGGAUAAAAUAACCCCGAAUCUUUUCACCGAUGAUAAAGGUGUUGCCACAUUCAAAGGUGUCCCUUUUAUGACUUCCUCAGGACCUUGCACUUCUUCUCUUCCAAAUGCAAGCAUCAAAUGAUGAACCGAGUUUACGUUUCUUGUGGGGUCCACAAGACUCGAAAUACUCGAGCAAUGUUGUGAACGUGCAAAUUUUAUAUAUCUCGAAACUUGCUCGCAAAUUUUGUUAAAGUUUGGAGUCCUGAAGGAAUGUAAUGUAAUAUCCAUCGACUGUGAAGGGCCAAAAAGUUAUUUCUAAUUUUCAUUGUUGAUUACUGUGAAUUUGUGAUGACUCUUUGGAACUAUGUGAGGUCGAGAUUGAAUUUUUCCAAGUGUUAGUGAAACUUGUUUAAAUAAAUAAAAUUCUGAUUAAAAGAUAAAUUAAAAAUGUAUAGCUUGAGUGGAAGGGAUUAUUAUUAUUAUUUUACAACAAAAUUAAAACUUCUCACGGUAAGUGUUCUGUGGGACUAAUGGAUGGUUUCUAUGGAGUC